AUGGCGUCACUGCAAGAAAGUCUGAAUAGCUUCAAGAAGCAACAAGAGAAAUGCCAGUCAACCCCAAUGAGCAAAAGCAUUGCAGGUUCUAAAACAAUCGUUAAGACAGCAACACCUGCAAACACCUCGACCGAAUUAUCUUCUCCUUCAUUUAAAUUCCCCAAUGACACGAAGAGGUUGCAGUCUAUUAAUAAUAUAAGGAAGAGCCCUAUCGAAGCUCAGAUCUAUCGUGUGAUUGAUCUGCUGUUUAAGAAGAGGCAAUCCUUCACAGCAGAGCAAAUAAAUGAAGCAUGUUAUGUUGAUGUCAAAGGCAACAAGGCCGUGUUUCAAAGUUUAGCAAACAACUCAAAAGUUAAUUAUGAUGGAAAGCGCUUCUCUUACAAGUUGAAGUACAAUGUGAGAGAAAAGAAGGAACUUUUGAGUUUAAUACAAACAUUUGCAGAAGGUAUUUCUGUUGCUGAUCUCAAAGAUGCCUACCCUACUAUCGUGGAAGAUUUACAGGCCCUGAAAGCUGGUAGAGAGAUAUGGCUAUUAUCAAAUCCCGACUCGAAGGAAGACAUAGCCUACUCUAAUGAUCCUCAGGUUCCCUUUAAGGUUGAUGAUGAAUUGAAACAUUUAUUCAGGGGAAUUGAGUUGCCACACGACAUACUGGAGAUCGAGCUUGAUUUGCAAAAAAAUGGCAUGAAGCCUGCAACCAAUGCUGCUAACAGAAGAGUAAUGGCGCAAAAUGGUAAUAUAUGUAACAAACCAAAACAAAAGAAGAAGAAGAAGGUCGAGAUUAAUAAAUGCACAAAGCUCACAAACACUCAUCUUCCUGAGCUUUUCCGAAACCUUAAUGGGUAG